AUGGUCUCAUCACACUUUGGCCCUGCACUUGCUACCGAUAUCGAGACUCGCUGGUGUCUCCGGUGCUUGAAGUGGUACGCCGGCAAAUCCAAGAACAACCGCGGGCAAGAGUGCCAGGAGCUUGAUUUCACGUGCAGCGGAGCUUCGGGAGAAGACAGAUGUGAGCGGUGCGUCAAGUUGGGAAAGUGCCUUAUCAUCCCUCCGUCGCAGUGGCUUCGCGCCCAAAAUGUCAUCGCUCGUCGUCGCGCAAUCUUGGAGUUGCGCCAGCUUCAUCCCGACGCGGAGAUCAGCCCCGACGAUACUAGCGCUGUAGUGCGCGCCCUUGCAGCUGUCCAGUCUGGCACCGAGAAUUACUACAGCCGACUCGAGAAGAACGAUGAUAAGGACGAUGAUAGCGACAGCGAUGAUGCCCACGAACACGACGUCCACACCGGCUCCUUACCCGCCGAUGCUGAUACACUCGUCCUCGACGCUCCGUGCCUACCGUGA